AUGCCAAGUGUGAAGGUUGUCGAGAGAGCGAAUACUGCUUUGCCAGGAUCUCCUCAGACUCAAAGUAUUGCUAAAAUAACGAUAGAAAGCAUCAAUUUGAAAGUGCCACAUCUCACACCCAACGAUGACAUAAAGUUGCAGUUGUUGACACGUAUCAAAGCAGAUGAGUCUAUGAUGAUACCGUUUCGCCGAUGGGAAUUGCACGAGCUACCAGCACUCACACAAGGAUCUACCAUAGAAAUCUGGUCCGUCAAGACAUGUUCUGCAUUGGACAGUCCAAGAUAUGUUAUAGUAUUUUUCCAAACGAAAAAAGCCGAUAAUUUGCAUGAAGACGUCACCUUGUUCGAUAAUGCCAACAUCAAAUCCAUACGAUUGGCUCUGAAUAGCGACUAUUAUCCGCAAGAACGAAUGCUAUUGGACUUUUCCCGAGACCAAUAUGCUGACGCUCACUUCAACUAUACAGAGUUCAACAAGAGCUACCAUAACUGUCAAGAAAAGCGCUCUCUAGUAAACUUUGCCGAAUUCAAAUCCCGACCAAUGUUUGUUAUCGAUUGCUCGAGGCGCCAUCUGGGUCUAAAGUCGUCCACAGUUGACAUAAAUUCAGGGAUUGGAGACAACGUUGGGAAGACUACAGCAGAUCUCAGCAGCUUCAGAGCCAACCCAUUGAUUCCCAACAAGGAAUCCUAA